UAUGGAUCAGGCAAAUAAGUUAUAAUACCAAUAACAAGUAGAAAAAUACCUAGAAAGAAACAAAGUGUAUAACAUAUUUGAGGAUAUGCUAAAAUCACUUAUUAUUAAAAAGCCUGAUGAUCCAAUACAAUUCUUGAUUAAUAAAUUACAAGAAUCUGAAAGUACUUUUCAACUCUCAUUCAAGCAAAAAAAAUAUUCGUAAUAGGACCACCAGGAUCCAAAUUACUAGAACUUUCUCUUACACUUGCUGAAUAUAUGAAUUUUCAUUGUGUUUCUAUUGGUGAUUUGAUUGAAAAAGAAUUAAGCAAGAAAUCAGAAUUAGUAUUAAUAUUAUAUAUAUCUCAAGAGUUAAUAAAUUUAAGAUUCUUUGGAUAAAUUUUAAUAUGUUAGUGAUGACAUUGUUAUUAAUAUUGCAUUAAAUCAAAUUUAGCAUUUGGAAAACGAUAAAAAAAGCUAUAUUUUUGAAGGAUUUCCAAAAACAAGAGUCUAAGGCUUAGCAUUUUAAAAAGAAGGAAUAAUUCCUGAUGCUUUUCUUAUACUGGAAAUGUCUGAAGAGAAAAUCUAUUAAUGUUGUCUAAAAAAAUUAGAUACAGAACCAUUUAGCAAAUUAAGUAACAAAGAAGAUUUAGCAAGAAAUCAUUCAUUAGAAUACUAAUUGAAUCUGAAAUAAGUUAAGGAAAUUUAUAAGAAUUAAUACUUUUCUGUUGAUGGAGAAAAGAACUAUGAAUUAGAAGAUAUGGCUGUAUAUUAUACAUAAUAUUAUUCUAGUAACGACUUAAAUAUAAAUUAUACAAUAAUGCACCAACAAGAGCUGGAAGAAUUCUUGUCAUUGGACCUCCAGGAUCAGGUAGAUCUACAUUAGCCAAACAUUUAUGUUCAAGAUAUGGAUUUGUUUAUAUUUCGACAAGAGAAUUGAUUUCAAAUUUGGUUAAUAAAAAAGGUACUACUGGUAAGGAAGCAUUUGAAAAAGUUAAUAAAGGGGAACUUAUAGAUGAUAGAAUUAUUAAUGCUCUCAUCAAGGAAAGAAUUAAUUAAACAGAUUGUCAAUUAUAGGGUUAUGUUAUUGAUGGGUAUCCUAAAACUGAAUAAUAAAUGGAAUCAUUGAAUGAACUCAAUAUUCAACCCACUUUAAUAGUCAUUAUUGAUGCUGUGGAUGAUAUUGUUUUAAAGAGAUUAAUUUAGAGAAGAACUGACCCUGUGUCUGGAAGAAUCUAUAAUUCUAUUGAUGAAGCAGACAGAGAAGUCAAAUCAAGAUUGAUAAUUGCUCCAAAUGAUAAAAGAGAAGUUGUGCAACUUAGGUAUUAUCUUAUUUAUAUUCACUUAGAUUGAAAAGAUGGGAUGAUUUAAAAUAAUUAAUUGAUGGAACACCAAAAUACGCUUCAGUUAUUUUUAAGGCUUCAGGUGAUAAUCCAUUAAAUAAUAUUAUUGAAUCAGUAUGUUAUCAUUUAGAGAAAAUGAAUUGA